UUUACAAAACUAUUUUUCCACUUCUUAUUCCUAGCAUGUGAUUCAAGUAAUGUUUGUCAUGACAACAGCUAUUGAUAAUUAUUUUGAAUAUUUCAAACUCCAAACACAACUUCACAACAUUCACUACAGUACACAUUACACUUACCACACUACACACACACAAAAUACAAUUUAUUCCUGUAAAACUCACACAUUAGAUAACUACUGGAACACCCAAGGUUUCUAAUAAGUUAAUGGAAAUUGAGUUUUAAUCAGAAUAAGUUCAGAGAAAAAAGCAAAAAUAAGAUUGGGUGGAUUUCAAGUGUAAAGUGAUCUCCACAAGGAAAGAAGGGAAGAGGAGAAUUUUAUAAUAACUGAAAGGAAAUCAGAUUGUGAGAAGAAUUUAAAGUUUUAGAAGAAAAAAGUUUUGUAAGUUUUUGUCAAGAUGCUUUGCAGUCCAACAAUUAUAGAACCAAACCCAAACAGGCUGUUGAUGGAAAACUAUGAAUUCAACAGACAGCUGGUGAAUGCAUUGAUUGAACUGAUUCCAUCGCAAAACCGUUUCCUGAUCCAAAAAUGGAUGACCAGAUUCAAGGAGAUGUGCCACUCAUCCGAGCAGAUCCUGCACAGAAGUCAAUACCUCUGGUUCCUAGUGCUUGUUCUGCAAAAGCAAACCAUUCUGCCUCCGUUCGAUCGUCCGCCUCCAAUUGGCCAACUGAAGCCUCUCCAUGAGAUCCUGCCUAUGGAGGUUUAUGAUGAGAUUAUCAGUUGUGCAGUGGACAAAGCAGCUUCUACCAAGUCCUGGUUGGACGAUCUUAUGGAGGAUCGCGACAGGAAAGAGAAGAGUAAACCUGCGAAAAUGCAGGGUUUGUAUCCGUGUAACUUUUUUCGUGAAAUGCCUCGACCCAGAGAAGGAGCCAUCUGCUAUGGAGGAGUGUUUAGUGACUUCGCAACCACCCCCGACAUGUAACCUUGUAAUAGCUGUCGUGUUCCAGACACAUAUUGAUAAUCCAAUGUAGAAUGUUCAAGAAGAAAUAAACCACAUUUUUACAAAACCAAAAA